ACAAACACUUUUAUCCUCCGAGCGCUGCAAGGGUUAAUUCAACCGAUCAUUUGAAAAUUAAACCAAUCUACCAGAACGUGCUUCUGAUCUUGCUGGGUGGAAAAACACUUUUUUGACUGUUGAACCUGAGAGAGUGAGAUAUCACGGCACGCGGUAUGAACAAGUCGCGUAUGCAAACCCACGAGCAACUUCUGCGAGAGAGUUGAACGGGUGGACUAGACACGAACCCGCUGCUGGGGAGAGCUUUCAAGCGUUGAAGCAUUCCGCUCUUCAAGGACACGAUCUUCGCGCCGUCGUCGCCGGCUCGGAACAAGGAGGUGGGAGUUUAACACACACACACUCAGCACCACAUUUUAAGAGCUUUUUCCCUUUCUAUCGCUCCUUCGGAUCGCGCUUGGUCGUUUCGCUCUAGCUGUGGACCGGAUCUUUGGAACCGCAAAAAGCUCAACGGAUUCUCGAGCGUGUGUGCGUCGAUCGGACGUUAAAAAUUAUGUUUUCUUUCAUUUUUUUUGUGUACACUGAAUGUGCCAUCAGUUACAGUUUGUUCGGAAAAAUGCGCAGCCAGAAAGAGACGGCAGACCGACCUACUGAAUGCUGCUGCUGCUGCUAGUCAAGAUCGCGGGCUGAGGCUGAGGUUUAUUCUAGAUUGGGAAUCGGUUCCGAGGCUUCGAGAGUUCACUUGGAGGAAAAAUCUUACCGAGCGAACUGGGCACAGUUCAGUGUCCCAGCAACGCUCGUCCGGUUCGGAGUUCUCGACAGUGAAUCCUUCCCAUUCUGACCUCACACCCGAUCAGCAACGGUGACAGUCAAUUAAAAUAAGCAGAACAGAAGUUAGUGAACGUGGUGGAAUGCUGCAGUGUGUGAUUGAUAGGUCCUUUGACCGUUUGUGAAUGAAGCAGUGCGUUCGAGUUGGAGAUCUAGAACACACAUAGAGAGGGUUAGAACCGGUGGCACCAGUUUGGUGACUUCUAGGAUGACCUAGAUGGCUUUCAAGGAUUGUUUGCGUGCCGUGGUGUGACAAUUUAAGUGUAGGAAAAAACCAACUCGAACCAAAUACGAAUAGUUUUAUGGUGAAGAAUUAGUGAAGAAUAUUUUAAAAGCUGCAAAUAAAAAAAGUUUAACAAUCAUGACCACGAUGGAUUUGCGGGAUAAUUUUACCGACCUGUCCUGGGCCACGAAUUACGUCAUGAAGAUGGCCGUGGAUGAGUACCAGACGGAGCGGAACUGGACGAGGCUUGCUUAUCAGUACUGGGAGCUGGUGGAGGACUUGAUUGCAGAUCCCCGCGCCAAGAACCUUCCCUUCAUGGACAACCCGCUGCCCACGAUCGGCAUGAUCUACGCGUAUCUGGCCUGGGUCCUGGUGGUGGGACCGACGUACAUGCGCGACCGGAAACCGAUGCAACUCACAAACACCCUGUUCUACUACAACCUGUUCCAGGUGGCACUGAGUGCGUACAUGUUCUACGAGCAUCUGAUGGCCGGCUGGGCGCGAGGGUACAGCUGGACCUGUGAAACGGUGGAUUUCUCCGAUGGUCCGCUGUCGCGAAGGAUGUUCAACCUGUGCUACGUGUACUACCUAUCCAAGCUGAGCGAGUUCGCGGACACGAUAUUCUUCGUGCUGAGGAAGAAGAAGUCGCAGAUCUCCUGGCUGCACCUCUACCACCACUCGCUAACUCCGAUCGAGGCUUGGAUUCUGACCAAGUUCCUGGCUGGAGGUAACGCCACACUGCCCAACAUCAUCAACAACUUUGUCCACACGCUGAUGUACUUCUACUAUCUGCUGUCCUCGAUGGGUCCCCGCUACCAGAAGUACCUCUGGUGGAAGAAGUACAUGACGGAGGUUCAGAUUGCUCAAUUCAUCAUCUGCAUCGCGCACGCCAUCAACGCCCUGAUGACGGAUUGCGCCUUCCCGAGGUUCAUCACCUAUCUGCUACUGCUGAACGCGAGCAUCUUCUUCGUGAUGUUUAUGAACUUUUACGUCGAAAACUACCGGAAGGCCAAGGCCAAGGUCGUCGCCGUGAAGUCGGCUCCCGAGCUCGAGAAGAACAACAACAAUCUGGACGAUCUGAUCGAGAGGAGGGACUCCAAGAAGGUUCAAUAGGAAGGCACGUCCAGGAUAUCUAAGGAACUGUACAAAAGUCUGAUUUGACGUGAUUCGUGAGUGCGCGAACGUGCUCACUUGUAAAUAGCAGAUUUCUUAUACGAUUUACACAGAUUUUCUCGUAUCUUUUAAGUAGUUUUUUAACGACUAACCCGAAGUAACCGUACUUAAAGACUGUAGCGAUAAGCGAAAUUUGUACUUGCUCAACUGUGUUAAUUGUGUUCGUUUGAUAGUAAAUAAAUGCACUUGAGUU